CUCGGCGCCUCGGCUAACCUGCGUCAUGGCUGAGGUCCCAGAAGAUUAUGAAUCUGACCCCGAUGAAGGUGAAGACCUGGGGUCUGAAAGACCGCAACUGCCUGGGCCUCUUAAAAUAGCUGAAGAUGCAGAACCAGACGUCACGCCAGACGCAGACCUGGAGCCACUUGAAGAGAUGGACCAAGCGCCACAGCCAGAAACCCAGGAAGACAGCUUCAAAGACCAGGCGCCGGAGAGUGCUAAGAACAUACACUCACUCCUAAAACCAACCAGAACGUCUGAGAUAGAGAUUCCCAAGGAGUCAAAGACAGACCUUUCUAGCGAGACUGAGACAGGAAUUCCCCAAGAGGUCAUGUCGGAGAUAUCCAGAGAGGUGAUAGGAGAGCUUUUCAAGGAUUUGGAGGUCCCUAUGGAUGAAAAGCAGGAGGAACCAGACCUAGAGCCACUAGAGGAGGCCAAACUAGAUGUUACAGAGUUUGCUCAGGAAACAGAUCUAGAGCUACCAAAGGAAACCGAGUCAGAGAUUCCAAGAGCCACAAUCAAUGAGGAAAGAUUGGAGUCACUAGAGGAGACCAAACUAGGGGUUCCAGAGGAAGUACUUAGAGAGCAAAAUGAAGAGUUAAGUCUAGAACCUCCAGAACAGGCCAAACCUGAAGUUCCAAGUGAGAAACCAAGAAAAUCUAUUGAAGAGACAGAUCUACAGCCACUGAAGAUGACCACACCAGAGUUUCCAGAGGAGACACAAAGAAAGUCACUUGAGGAGAAAGAAAUAGGGCCAUCUGAGAAGAAUAAACUAGAGUUUCCAAAGGAGAAACCAAGAAAGUCUACUGAAGAGGCAGGUCUAGAGUCUCCAGAAGAGACUAAGCCAGAGGUUCCAGAGAAGACAGAAAGAAAACCAAUUGAGAAAGGGACCAAGCCACCUGAACAGACUAAACCAGAGUUUCCAGACCAGAAACCAAAUAAGUCUACCAAGGAGACACAAAGAAAGUCAACUGAGGGGGAAAUUCCAGACCUAAUAGAAGAGAUCAAGUCAGAGUUUCCUGGGGAAAAAUCAAGAAAACCAAUUGAGGAAACAGACCUAGAGUCAUCAGAAAAGACCAAACCAGAAAUUCAAGAGGUGACACAAAGAAGGUCAACUAUGGAGAAAGUUCUAGAACCACCAGAAGAUACUGAACCAACCAUUCAAAAAGAUAAGCAGAGAAAAUCAACUAAGGAGACAGGACUAGCACCACAAUGGCAGUCCAAACAAGAGGACACACUAGGAGAGUCAACUGAAGAGCAAGAUCUAGAGCCUCCAGAACAAACUACACCAGAGUUUCCAAAGAAAGAACCAAAGACACAAAUUAGCUCAACUGAGGAUGCAGGUCAAGGGCCACUACAGAAGACCAAAGCAGAGGUUCAAGAGAAGACACACACAGAACCAACUGCCGAUGAAGAUUUAGAGUUACUAGAUAAAGGCAAACCAUUAGUUAGACAAGAGUCACAUGAAGAAUUUACUGAGGAAGAUAGGCCAGAACCAAUCAAAUUUAAGCAUUUUGUAGACAGUGAUGAGCUAGAGGAUUCUGAGUCUCAAACAAGAAAACUCUCAGUAAAAGAAACUGAAAGUGUUGUGGAUGACACUAUGUUAGGCUCUUUCACAGUAAGAAAAGCAGACUCAGUAGAUAGGGAUUAUGAGUUUCCAGGAGAACAGCCAGUACUAUAUGAGCUUACUGAUACCAGUAAUGCCUUAUACUCAGAGUCUCAGAGGGAUUUAAGAGAGUCCUUUAGUGAAAAGAAAGUUGCAGAUUUGUCCCUAAAGUUGAAGAAACUGGUACGUGAAGAUAAGGAAACCCUGUCACAAAAAAGGAUUGAGCUACAAUUUGAGUGUCUUCAGUGGAGUCCAGAAAAAGUUGCAGAGUGGAUUAGCGAGUUAGGCUUCCCUCAAUACAAGGAAUGUUUUACCACAAACUUCAUCAGUGGCCGAAAACUGAUCCAUGUAAACUGCUCAAACCUCCCUCAGAUGGGGAUAACAGAUUUUGAGGACAUGAAGGUAAUUUCUCGGCACACGCGGGAGCUACUGGGAAUUGAAGAACCAUUAUUUAAGCGAAGCAUCAGUCUUCCCUAUAGGGACAAUGUUGGCUUAUUUUUAGAGCAAAAAGGUCACACUGGGGUAAAAUCUGAUUCCUUGACCUUAUCUGAAUUUGUGCAAACAGCAGGAUUACAAGAUUAUGAACCACAAAUAACUGCCUCUGACGAGAAUGAGGCAUUAGAUUACACUGAGCCAUAGGGAAAAGCCAUUUCACUUAGUUUGAAAGAUCAAACUAAAUUACUUAGGGGAAGA